AACACAUUACCAUCAAAGCAUUUGACAUUUUCCAAAACAAAACCAGAACACCAAUUCACACACACCAACCAGUUCAAAGUUCAAACUCCCAAUAACAGUGCUGCAAGGUUGGAAGAACCUCUCCAUCUUCCAAACUCAUCAUGGCUAUGGCAGCAGGAGGAACUCUGAGUCUCUCCCAUUUCUCAGUUCACAGACCAAUUUCAUUGCCCAGAAGAAGAUUACCCAGAAGCAAAGUGUGCAUUAGAGCCAUGUCAGAAACCUCUUCCACUUCCACCCAACAAGAACCAAUUUCAGAUGCUUCAUCUUCAUCUUCAUCUUCAUCUUCAUCUUCAUCAUCAUCAGUGUCAUUUGCUGCUCCCGUCGAUUUCAAGGCCCCUGAGCCCAAACCCUUUACAGUAAGCUCUGGCCAAACCGGUGAGGUGUUUAAAGCUGUACUUCCCUUGGUCUUUCGCUUUGCUACUGGAGUUUUCGUUUCUGGGUACUCUUUUUCAUUUGUUUCUAAGGAUGAAAUUCCACCGAAUGAAUACGCUUUGGAAGUUAAUGGCUCUAUGGUAAAAGAAACAUCAAAGGUAGGCCCUCGCCCUGAGAAGCCUAUUGAGAUAUAUGAGUUUGAGAGCUGUCCAUUUUGUCGAAAGGUUAGAGAAAUUGUUGCUAUUUUGGACCUUGACGUUCUUUUCUAUCCUUGUCCAAGAAACGGACCAAAUUUCCGUGCGAAGGUUCUUGAGAUGGGUGGUAAACAGCAGUUCCCUUACAUGGUUGACCCAAACACUGGCGUUUCAAUGUAUGAAUCAGAUGAUAUAAUUCGGUAUUUGGUUGGCAAAUAUGGUGAUGGAAGUGUGCCUUUUACUUUGUCACUUGGAUUUUUAACGAAUCUGACUUGUGGUCUUGCAAUGCUUAGUCGUAUUACAAAGGGGACAACUUAUACUCCAGCAAAGUUACCUCCACAGCCUCUUAAGUUAUGGGCAUAUGAGGGGUCUCCUUUCUGCAAACUUGUACGUGAAGUACUAGUCGAAUUGGAGCUUCCGCACAUCCUUUACAGUUGUGCUAGGGGUAGCUCAAAACGACAUAUACUAUAUCAGAGAACUGGACAUUUCCAGGCACCCUUUUUGGAGGAUCCAAACACGGGGAUAGAAAUGUUUGAGAGUGCAGACAUAAUAGAGUAUCUCAGAACAAUUUAUGCUCUUCAGUGAGUGAUGUUAUGAAGCUUCUAAGGGGUUUUAACCCAGUCUCGACCUUCAUGGCAUGGCAUAUUGUAAAAUUCAAAAUGAUUUCUAACAUUGAGGUAAGUUAAUUUGUUACUAUACAAUAAAUAUAAAAUAAUUGAAUCACAUACCUCAACACUAAGCAAUUGUUUGAGGAGGUUAAACUGUAGGUUGUAAAGUAGGAUUCUAUUUCGUUCUUCAUUAUUGUCCUACAAGGCCUUUAAGUAUAAGUAUAAUGCCUUUGAAGAUGAUCAUCCUCCGCAAGUUGCAUAAUAUAUUAUGAUAGUUUGCUAUGAGUGAAUUAUUAUUUA